UUCAGACGCUUCGAGCCCUCUUCUCUGCUUUCGGCGGCCAGCGGUCCACCGCACUGUUCUCACAUGAGUAAUCGGCCGUACGACCGACAUCUACCGACAUCCCCGGUCCUUCUCUCGCCGCCUAUUCUAGACGCCGGCCUCCUACGGGAUAAACUAUUCAUAACAACCCUUCGCAGUAAGGCUUAGCAGCAACGCUUCUCAACGAAAACUAGUUGAACCAAGACGCACUCCCCGCCAUGUCCUCAACCGAAGCACCCACGAUAACCCUGCACUGGCUCGAAAAGUCGCGCGCGCAGCGCACCCUCUGGCUGCUCGAGGAGCUCAAAGUCCCGUACCAAGUCAAGACCUACAAGCGCAACGCGCAGAUGCGCGGCGACCCCGCCCUCAAGAACGUGCACCCCCUCGGCAAGUCCCCGCUGCUCACCGUCGGCGACCGUGCGGUCGCCGAGUCCGCAUUCAUCAGCGAGUACCUGUGCGACCACUUCGCCGCGGGCCCCGAGUCGACGCUGGUCCCCGCGAAGUGGCAGCCCGGGCGCGAGGGCCAGCUCGGCGGCGAGACGGACGCGUGGAUGCUGUACCGGUACUACAUGCACUACGCGGAGGGCUCGCUCAUGUCCGCGAUGUUAAUGAAACUCGUCCCAUUCGGCAUGGCGCAUGCGCCCGCCCCGUUUUACAUCCGCCCCAUCCUCUCUCGCAUCGCGGCGCGCGUGGAGCAAACGCUCGAGCCAGAGUGCAAGGCCCACUUCGACUUCCUCGAGGCCCAGCUUGCAUCCGCGCCCGAGGGCGGGCCGUACCUCUGCGGGCCCAACCUGACGGCAGCGGACAUCCUGAUGAGCUUCCCAGUGAUGAUGUCCCAGGAAGGCGCGAGCGCGAUGUACGGCCGGGUGACUGAAAAGACGUACCCCAAGCUCUGGGCGUACUGCGAGCUGUUGAAGGGCAUCGAGAGCAGGAAACGAGCGGUCGAGAAGAUCAUCGAGAUUGAAGGUUCCUACGAUGAAAAGUUGCUCUGAAAUGCGACGGAUGUUUCAUUUUGU